CUUCCUCUGUGGUGCGGAUGCGAAAUUCAGAGUGAGCAGGCAGAAAGGGCUUGGUCGGGGUGUCACUAGUGUAUGUGCGGCUCUGGAUAGCAGAAAACCGGGCUGACGAAGCCGCCGCCGCCGCUCCUGUUGCUGAAGCCCCGUAGAUGAAUCUCCAAGUCGGCUAUGCUGCCCUGAGAGCUCCGCGUGUACCCGCCCUGCCAACAUGUCUGAUGUCAACAAGACUAUUCAGAAAUGGCACGCCAGUUUUAGGAAAGGCACGGACUUUGACUCGUGGGGACAAUUAGUGGAGGCUAUAGAUGAGUACCAUAUUUUAGCAAGACAUCUGCAAAAAGAGGUCCAGUCACCAAAUUCACCUGACUUCACAGAGGAGCAGAAGAAAACGUUGGGAAAGAUUGCAACAUGCCUGGAGAUGAGAUGUGCCAGUUUGCAGUGCACACAGUCAACAGAGGAGUUCAAGUUAGAGGAACUGAAGAGACUGGAAACCAUAAUUCAAAAUACUCUGACCUACAACAAAGAAUUCCCCUUUGACGUGCAGCCUGUGCCCUUAAGGAAAAUCCUAGCUCCAGGUGAGGAGGAGAACCUGGAGCUGGAGGAGGAGGACGAUGCUGCAGCAGGAGCAGGUUCUACAGAAGCGUUCCCCCCGCGAGCCCCCGCUUCACAAGGUACCUUGUUGCCACGGUUACCCUCAGAGCCAGGGAUGACACUACUUACACUAAAGAUUGAAAAGAUUGGGUUGAAGGAUGCCGGGCAGUGCAUCGAUCCUUACAUGACCAUCAGUGUCAAAGAUGUGAACGGUGUAGACCUGAACCCGGUGCAGGACACCCCUGUGGCCUCCAGGAAGGAAGACACCUACAUCCACUUCUCUGUGGACGUGGAGAUCCAGAGACAUGUGGAGAAAAUACCGAAAGGAGCAGCUAUCUUCUUUGAGUUCAAGCACUACAAACCUAAAAAGAGGUUCACCAGCACUAAAUGCUUUGCCUUCAUGGAAAUGGACGAGAUCAAGCCGGGCCCCAUCGUAAUCGAACUGUAUAAGAAGCCCACGGACUACAAGAGGAAGAAACUGCAGCUCUUAACAAAGAAACAACUCUAUCUUCAUCUUCACCAGACGUUACACAAAGACAGUUAAGUCCCAGCACGUCUGGAUUUUUGAACCACGUCUGUAAGUCUCUCUCUUACAUCCACACGGUGCAAAAUGUGGUGGUCCGCCUCCUCACAUCCAGCAAUACUAAAUCAACCUCAUAGUCUCUCUUUUUUUUUUUUAACAAGUAUAUGAAGAAAGCAAAGGGAGAUGAGCUCAGACCACCAUAUUACUUUAGCUUUUUUAUUCUCUUGUUACAUUUUCAUAUCCCUCCUGUUGUUAGAAAACUGUCUUCAUAAACAAAAAAUAAAACAAAACUGACUCUAAAGCAGGUUUAUGUUCGAACAGCCAAAACCACAUCUUCACCAGUCUUCCUCAACUCGCAGCUUUUUUUUUUUUUUUAGGAAACAGGACAAAAAGUGAGUUAUUGCAGGUGCUUCACCCGAGUGUGUUUUCAAUUUGACUUACUCACUCGGUGUUGGUGCUGUUGGACUCUUGACUCUUAAGUUUUUUUUUAGUUUUUUUUUUAAAGCAAAACAUUAAAAUACAACUAAUAUGUGGACUUGUCUGGGAAGUCAUGGGAGAGUUUGCAAAGAAACACUGAACGAUAUCACGUCAGAGCAACAUGGAGUGCUCUGUGGAGCCCCAAGAAGAAAAAGAAUCCUGUCAAAAUCCACUCAUGGCUUCAAGAGUUUGAACGUGCCAUAAUUAAAGACUUUCAUGGUGUGCUAUUAUUAUUAUUAUUAUUAUUAUUAAUAAUAAUGAGAUCAAUUUAACAAACUGACCCACAAAAUGAGUCAUAAGAAUCUAUGUAAAAGAAGAAAAUUGUAUUCAAUAACCAUAUUCAUCUUCUUGCUUAACUGACUGAUUUAAAUUUUAACAUUUUAUAACAAAGUUCAUUUUUAAAGUGUUAAAUAAAACGUGUUAAUCCAUUUACUGCUGUCUGACUUCCAUGAGCAGAGUAUUUUUUAAACAUUUAGUCUCCGUUUUGUGCUUUCUGUUGUAAACUCCAAAUCAACACGUUUUUUUUGACCACAGUAGUGCAGAAAAUCGUUACUUUUAAAGAUAGUCAUGAGCAUCGUGUUUAAACAUCCAGCAGACAUGGAGCAACAUCAGCGAGGCGUUUUUUUGUGUGUGUGCCAAUUUUCACUCUUUUUGUUCUACUUUGGUCUCCACCACCGUUUUGAAGGAAUUAUCUGGCUUGUUGCUGACCAACUAGCUGCGAGCUUUUUGUGGAUGCUGUGGCAGGAAAGUGUGCAGCGAUCCACUAAACUACGGUGGCCAAUGAGGGCAAACAAUUAGCAACAGCUACAACGAUUUGACAUGAGAAAAGACUUGCAGCAAACUCGUCCACCAUCUCGGUGGCCUGGAGCACUUCCGUUGACGACUCAGCGGAUAUCGUUUUUUACUUUGCAACUAUGGUGCAGUUUCAGCUUAUGGCAGCAUGUUUUUUUUUUUCAUUUGCGGCACCUUUACAUACCGGUAGUUGGAUUUUGUGGACUUGAGCACGUUUAUGAAUUUGUAUCGUUGUAUCGAAUUUGCUGCAUGAUUUUCAUAAUGUAAGUCGACUCGGCCACUGCAGAUCGUUUGUCCUCGUCAGCUAAGUUCUUAACAUGAAUUCUGAUCAUAUAUAAAAAUAAUAUUCAACAUUAAAAGUCAGAUUAUUCCUGUUGGCACACACAGACUGCAUAGUGGGCUUUUGUUUAGUCACAGACUGUAUUUAAUUCAGCAUUCACUUUUUGAAAUGUUAGAAAUGAAAAUACAUGUUUGUCUGUUUCGUUUAUGGUUUUAAAAAGUUUUGUUUACUUUGUCAUAAUAAUAGAUCCCAAAAAUGAUAAAAGGCCAGAGUUACGCACUCAGCGACCCUGUAGCUUUUAAAGCAUAAAUAAUUAAAGUCCCAUGUCAGUGUGUUAUUACAUCAUAGUUUAAGAGUGUUUGAAUUCUGAUUUUUUUUUUUUUCCAUUCUUUUGUUUAAAUGAAUUCAGAGUACAUUAGAUGUGGCAUGAUGUGGAUGUGUCUGCAUUCAGUGUGAGGAUUUAGUUAUUUGUUUUUAUUCGGGUUUUUCCUAAACAAACAGAAAUGAAGUGAUCAACUGAAGAUUAUUCAGGUGUUUUUUUUGUUACUUUGCAGUUCAGUUGUGUUAUGUCGUUUGAUUCAACCAGUUCAUGUGUUUAGUUUUUGAAGGGACAAGAAUUUUGCACUCUGACAUCUUUCUCUCAAGUUGCAGAUCAGAAAAAAAAAAAAGCCUCGAACAUUUUGACUUUUACAUGCCACCCUUUUAUAAAGCGCUUAAGAAAAAGAAAAGAGAAAGCAGUGUUACUUUCUGUUUCCAUUCCGACUUUGCAGACGUUCUCCCUCACUGAAACGUCUCCAUUGUGGUAUUUGUUUUUCAGAUUUUAUUUUUGUAACGUCACACUUUUCAGGACUGUAAAUUAACUCGGAUACACUAACUGAUGAAUAUAACAAGUGUAUGUAUGAAGCGCUAUGAUUUGGUUGGACUGAGAUCUGUGGAGUGUUCUGAGUUCGGUUGAAACUGACGGGAAUUGUAUCAAAACAUUUACAAUGCUUUUCAUUUUUAAUAAACUACAACUGAA